UUCAAGGGCACGCAACUCUACAUUGCGUAGCUCACGUUUUCAUUUUGACAAGUGAGAAUCAGUGAACUUCAACACUGUUCAAUCAAAAAAUGUUACUGAAAUCGUUUAUUUCACAUGUUUGACGUUUUCAUAAUUUAGCUGUUCUUGUAAAAGACUGUUCAGCUGGUGAAAUAACCAAAAUGACAAAGCUGACAGAUGUUUUGUAUAAAUAUAGGCCAUUGAAGAAAUUCAGUAAUUAUAAACACAAUCCAGUGACAUAUAAAAUUAUUUAUCCCCCAAUUUUGAAAGAUUCCGUGUCUAACAAGAAAGUUAGAGAAAAAUCUUCUCCUUGUGGACAGGAAAUGAUGCUGUUGCUUUCAUGCUGGAGAAAAAACGAUUUUCUUGAAUCAAAGUGCAGUAAAGAAAUAGUUGACUUCAACAAUUGUGUUGUCACAGCAAAUGCGAACAAGUCUGCAGACGAGUCCACAAUCUCUAAAACUUUGACCUCUUCAAAAAUAAACAAACUUCUGAGACGAUAUCCACAACCUCCACAUACCAUCAAGAUGAAAGGUGUUUCCCCUCAAAGCUCCCAGGAAUCUGCCAGUGCUGGGUGCUUAUUCAAUCCGCUCACAGUUCUUCACACAAGCCACUCUUACAUAUUGAAUAGAAGUUGAGGUGUUUGACAUGGACAAGUAUUAGUAGGAGUGCCUGAAGGACUCUUCAGUUGACAUUGUGUGCCUGCCAUACCCCGAGUGUAGUGACGAUUGACAUAAUCCAUACAGAUUAUUUUAUUAAUAAACAGUAGUUAGAAAACA